AAUAUUUUGUUCAACAUUCCAAAUCCUAAACAAUUUUAUUAAAAUUUUAAUAAACCACCAUGAAGAUAUUUAAUUUAUACAUAUUUGAUAAACUGGGCACUUUAAUGUACUAUGCCGAAUGGAAUCGCACCAAAAAGUCGGGUCUAACCCAAGAAGAGGAAGCCAAACUUACCUAUGGCAUGUUAUCGUCCAUCAAAUCGUUUGUUAGUAAAAUCUCACCUCAUGAUCCUCGGGAGGGAUUUUUAUUUUAUAAAACCAAUAAAUAUGCCUUGCAUUAUUUAGAGACACCUUCAGGUUUGAAAUUUGUAUUGAAUACCGAUGUUAAUGCCACGAAUGUUAAAGAAUUACUACAGCAGAUUUACAGUAAAAUAUGGGUGGAGUAUGUGGUUAGAGAUCCCCUGUGGACACCUGGUACACCCGUAACAUCGGAAUUAUUUCAAACAAAAUUAGAUGAACUAAUAAGACAAUCACCCAUUUUUGGCAUUAGAAAUAUAUAAUUACAAAAAUA